AUAAAGAAAGGCAGACGCCGCCAAUCCGUCCAGUGCGCCUGAACUCGCCCGUUACUGUGUUAUUUCUGAAUCCGAAACAUAUCCGAGUUGAAAGACCGAUCCCGUCCUCCUUUCGUUGCUGCAGAAAUACGUUAUUGAUCGGAAUACCUGCCAUCCUUUAUUAAUCCGCUUUCCAGCAUUCUCUAACGGCGCGUCCGGGCAGGUUCGCGUGAAGCGAACUGGAACGAAACUCUCGACAGGCAUCCCCCAUCGUACUCCAUCCCUCCUCUAUGAACCCAUACGAUCGGCUCUGCCGUCGUCCAUCUAUCCCUCCAAGCAUUUCUUCUUCCAAUAAUCAUCUUCAGCCUUCGACCUAGAUGCUAUUGAUCAUCAAUCCAACAGCCUUCGACAGCCCUGUCACACCCCAAGCAGCAUCGAAUCCCUGAGCGCGCCCUGUUGGAGGGGUAGAUUCCGAAGGAUGGGGAACGUCAGUAGCAGGCCCGACGAGGGCGCCAUGCUGUAUCUCAGGGACCAAACCAGGUUCACUAUUUCGUCCUUGUCAGUCACCAGCUCACGAAGACGAACCGUCUUGAAUGUGGCCCCGAACGCCUUCCCGGCGACCAAGCUUUCCGUGAACCGUGAUCUUGGAGAUAAUAGCAUGGUGGAGUUUGUGCAGGACCCUGAGCCGUCCCCCAGCGGAACCUCACCGAACUUCAUACUCAAGCUCAACAACGAGGAGGACCUGACGUUCAAUUUUACUUUCAUUAUUCGGCAGGCACCUUUGACUUCCGCAAGUCCUAACUCCGCUCAAGAUGCUGCCAACAGCCUGGCAGAUACUGUUAUCAAUGGUCUCACAUAUGUGUCGGCUUCUACGGCGAAAGAGGUGGAAACACUGGUUACUCGAGAAUUCCAUGCCGAUCCGAAUUUGCACAAGAAUGCAAAUGUUCAGUUAGUGGGGGACUAUUCGACUGGUGGAAGUCAAUCAGUAUCUUUCGAGUGGUCCUGGAAAUGGAGGCCUCCAAAGUCCACAGAGGACAGAGGAGGAGGUUGGAGAAACAAUUGCAGUUUCGUCGAGUACGAUCAACGAGCGCACCGCUUGAAUACACUUGCGAGCUUUUCAUUUUGGGUCUCUAAUUAUAGACAGUAUCCGAGCCAGCCUAGCUCUCCAUCUCCGUCUCUCGCCUUCAACCUCGUCCCUCCUCCAAAAGUUCGAGUACCAUCAUCACAUUCCAUGGAUUCUCGGCUGAGCGUCCCCGACGCACGCGAAUACGAAGAGCCCCCGUCGCCCAACCUGCCUACAAGUGAAGGAUUCGCGGGAGGUGCUCAACUGCCGAUAAGAGAUGCGAUCAAGGUGGAUGUCUCUUGCCAGCGGCCGGGGGAGGACAUGACUGCCGCCGAAGACGGUCCUCUAUUUCGCGCAACUAUGAAGGCUCUAGAACAAAAAACGGGAAGUAUGAGACAGCGUAUGAAGAAGGUCCUGAAAAAGGCCGAGGCGGCACAUCUGGCACAGAUAGAGUGCAACGACGCAUUUUCAGGAUUCAUGGACGCACUACGAGAAGCUUCCUCCUCGAAUGCCAACGCAGUUCAGCCAGCACUGGAGCAUUACUUCGACAAAAUUGCGCGACAAAUUUUGCAGUAUGAAAAGCAAAAUACUGUCAACUUGCAGAGGAUCAUUAUUGACCCGUUAACAAAACUUUAUAAUCUGGACAUCAAGCAAGCAGAGUCUAAGAAGCGAGAUUUUGAAGAGGAGAGCAAAGACUAUUAUGCAUACGUCUCGCGAUAUCUCGGUCAACGGCAGGACUCGUUGAAACAAAAGAAGCGAGCUGAGAGCGAUUCCAAAUACCAAACGAAGCGCCGCAAUUUUGAAUUGAAACGCUUCGAUUAUUCUUCUUUCAUGCAAGAUUUACAUGGAGGCCGCAAAGAACAGGAGGUUCUGUCACAUUUGACCAAGUAUGCUGAUGCGCAGACUAGGAGCUACUUAUCUACUGCUAAGCUAGUUGAAAGCAUGCUACCCCAACUCGAGGCUCUUAGCGCCGAGGUCCAGGAAGCAGACAAGGAAUUCCAGUACCAAAGGACCGAACGAGAGGAGAAACGCCGAACACUUGAGAAGAGCACGAUCACCUACGUUGAACCAGAGACAGUACCUGCUGUAGGAGUCAUGUCUCAGGCUUCAAACUUCAACGGCCAUAACUCAUAUGUGUCCGAUUCAGAUCUUGGUAGGCCUGAUAGUACAUCUCAGCUGAGACCGGUGCCCACAAAUGGAACAGUGGCAUCCAUGAAUGGUGGGAAUGAGUUCUCGAGAUCGCCUGGCAACCUUUCAUCUACCGUUGGCCCCAUAGGGAGUCCUGGCCAAAACUCAAAGUUCAGAGGAAUUCGGGACUUGGAAGAAAAAGACCACACGCAGAUCGCAACACGUGAGAAUAGUGGCACACAAAGAAAGGAGGGCCUAUUGUGGGCUCUUAGCAGGCCUGGCAGCCAUGUAGAUCCAAGAGGUCUCAACAAGCAAGCCUGGCAUAAAUUUUGGAUUGUCCUUGACGCUGGUAAGGUCUCCGAGUACAGCAAUUGGAAACAGCGCCUGGACUUGCAUAUGGAACCCAUCGAUCUUCGAAUGGCAUCUGUCAGGGAGGCUCGCAAUGCCGAACGGCGGUUUUGCUUCGAGAUCAUUACGCCUCAAUUCAAGCGUGUAUACCAAGCAACUUCAGAAGAGGAUUUGAACAAUUGGAUAUCCGCAAUCAACAAUGCUGUUCAAGGCGCGGUCGAAGGAAGGGGUAUGAGGGAUCUGCCUACUCCAGUAGUAUCACAGCCUGAACCCCAUUCGAUUCGAAGGGAUAUAGGCUCGAUCUUGACUGGCAAAAGUUCUUCAAUUAAUCACGGGAGCCAUCACGUUCACAGUAACGGGGCUGCCAAUAGCGUGUUUCGUCGAACGACGGUUGGCGCUCGGCCGGCCUAUGCACGCACAGGUACCAAGAGUUUCGAUGAGAAUCCUGAUAAACUUCUUCAGCUCCUGCGAGAAGCAGAUCAGGGGAACUGCUGGUGUGCGGACUGCGGCUCUGGAACAAAGACCGAGUGGGUCUCGAUAAACCUUGCCAUCAUUCUUUGCAUUGAGUGUAGUGGUAUCCAUCGUUCCCUCGGAACGCAUAUCAGCAAAGUGCGUUCUCUCACUCUCGACAUCAACUCCUUUACUACAGACAUUGUCGAGCUCCUAGUGCUCGUAGGAAACCGAGUGUCUAACAUGGUCUGGGAAGCGAGACUGGACCAUAAAACCAAGCCCUCGCCGCAGGCAACGCGCGAGCAGCGGCUCAAAUUUAUCACAGCUAAGUACGUCGAGAGGGCUUACAUAGAGCCUAUCUCAUCCACUAUCUCCCGUUAUGCUACGGCCGACGAGACACUCGUGGCUGCCAUCAAGAAGAAUGACAUCCAGCAAGUCAUCUACGCAUUAGCACUGAAGGCAAACCCGAAUGUCACGGACAAAUCGCGAGGGACACAUGCGGUAUUCUUAGCCCUUGCUGCGGCAGAUCCUGCCUUGCCUUCGCCAGUGACAUCCUCCCCUUCACGAAGUGAUGCACCUCCGGUCAAAGCGGUGGCCUUCCCGAUUGCGGAGAUGCUUGUACAGAAUGGUGCUGUGAUACCGUCUACAUUGCCAGCGUUCCCACUCAGUCGAAGUGCGACGUUAUAUAUUGAGCAGAAGAGUGGUCGUCAGGGUGGUCCAGCCAACGAUGCAGUUGGCGCCCUGCCUACCACGAGCGUUGGGGAGAAGCAGAAAGAGCGCGAGGCGCGGUUGCAGAAACGGGUCAGCGUUGGAGGAAGACUGGCGAAGACAGCUAUCCCAGAAAAGUGAGGAGACACGGGAUAGGACAUUUUGAUGAUUGCUUAUGAUGGUUUGGAGAUACCAUGGGAAGGGUUGGUCUGAUAGGAGCAUUGUUGGAGUUAGGUUUCUCUCAGCAGCAUUGCUGGGAGGAAAGCGUCAGGGUGUGCGGGUCUCUGCCACACUGGCACGUUAUCACUAUCUGGAUCCGUCGACAGAGGGCCAUGACUGGAUUGGAAAAACGAAGAAAAUUCAUGUUAUGGAUAAUAAUUAAUGCGUGAGAAGAGACGAUCAUCAGCUCGUUGCUUCGCAUGGUAGUUUUACCUGUCAUUUGGACAAGAGGGGCGCAUGCCAGGAUAGAUAAUACCUUAUGCAUGUAUACAUACAGAUACACACAUACAGCAGCCCACAUGAAGUCAAGGCUCGUAGAAGCG